AUAUAUCGUGUGACCUGUCUGUUUACAGCGAAUUUAAAAUGACUGUUGCUGCAGUUAGUGGAAGUUCUGCACUAGCCGCCCAGGCAUCUACGGGUGUGAAGAAGUCAGCAAAAGCAAAGAAGGCUCCGUCUGCUCAUCCUCCCUAUGGCGAUAUGAUAAAGAAGGCUCUUAAAGAAUUGAAGGAACGUGGAGGAUCAAGCCGUCAAGCAAUUGCUAAAUAUAUCAAGGCUAACUAUAAAGUUGAUGACCGAGCCGAAAGCCACCUUCGUCGUGCUCUGGUAACCGGUGUAAAAUCUGGGAAACUUAUUCAUACAAAAGGAAUUGGUGCUUCUGGUUCAUUCAAGCUAGCAGACAAGGCAGCUUCUCCAAAGAAAGUCGCCCGUCCUAAAACUGCCAAGCCUAAGAAAUCUCCCAAGAAGGCUGCUGCUAAGAAGCCAAAGACCACCAAACCCAAGUCAGCAACUUCCAAUCCCAGCAAACCAGCUGCUAAACCCAAGGCAUCCAAACCAAAAACAACUAAGCCAAAGAAGUCCACAACACCCAAGAAGCCUAAAGUAAGUUGAUACGAUUACUCUAUGGUCAAUGCUCUUGAUUGACGUACUUUUGGACAAACUCUUAUGGUGUAUUAUUCUUCACGUUUUUCUAGACGGUGAAACCCAAGAAGCCAGUCGCAAAGAAGACUCCUAAGAAGGCAGCCAAGAAAUAAAUGCAUUUAUGUAGUCCCUUUUUUAUUCUUGUAUAUAAAUCCCAUGUUUGUCUUAUUUCAAUUACUAUUAUGACUCUGAUUGUUCAGAUUGUAUUUUAUUUAUUCUUCAUCAAAUAAACGUUUUGCCAUCACC